AUGGCGCUUCCGGGACUGUCCUUGCCAGGCCUGGGACUACAAUCAAGUCACAUUGCGUCUGGGUCGAAUGUGCCAAAUGCCGCCGCUCAACAAACCGCACGGCAAGAGGACCUUGCGCCGCGCACAGAAUGGCGCUUCGAAGUGAACUUCCAACAACAAUACACCAUCCGCAUCCUGAGCGGCAAUGCUGAGCUGUUCGGUGUCGAGCUCGCAUCAAAUCAGCCGUACAACUUCUCCGGAAUCAAAGGCGCAAUCUUCACGUGGCAAGGAUGUCGGCUUGAAAUCUCUGGCGAGGCGGAAAGCGAGUAUCUCGGGCAGGAAACGGACUAUGCGGUGGAAUGGCUGAACGUGCACGGCAUGCUGGAGACGGCGCGUGACGAUGCGCAGAGCACGCCAAAUGGUGAUGGCGGUCCCAGAGUGCUGGUCGUGGGCCCGGACUACGUGGGCAAAAGCAGCCUCAUCCGCAGCUUGACAGCGUGGGCGGUGCAAUCCGGCUGGACUCCUACCAUCGUCAACGGCGACCCUCGAGAAGGCCUGCUCGCGCCACCUGGCAGCAUGAGCGCGGUCACAGUAGGCAGCUGGCUCUCAGUCGAAGACGGCUACGGCAUCAGCCCCAUCUCCGGCCCAACAGUCUCGCCCGUCAAAGCACCGCUAGUCUACCACUGUCCCUACACUUCACCCACAGAGAAGCCGGAAAUCUACAAAUCCCUCCUCACCCGCACCGCCCUCUCCGUAACCAACAAGCUGGAAGAAAACGCCCUUGCAAAACACUCCGGCCUCAUCAUCGACACCCCCGGCGCCCUCAACGACCCCCGCUCCAACUACGCCACCGUCGCCCACAUCGUCUCCGAAUUCAGCAUCUCCCUCAUCCUCACCCUCGGCUCCGAACGCCUAUCCAACGACCUCAUCCGCCGCUUCUCCGGCACAACAGCAGGCGCGGACGCUAUCCCCGUCCUCCGCAUCACCAAACCCGCCGGCGCCGCGGAGAAGGACGCGCAGUUCAUGAAACAGCUGCAGAACCAGCAGAUCCGGCAGUACUUCUUCGGCUCGUCGAAGGAUCCGCUGAAUCCGCAUAGCCACACCAUUGCGUUCGCGGACCUGAACAUCUGGCGUGCUAACUCGCGUUCCCUCACGCAAGCGAUGAACAGCAGUGCCACAAUGGACGAUAGCGACGACGACUACGCCCCUACCUCCUCGAUGGGUUCAUCGCAGGACUUCGAGCGCGUGACGCCUUCGCAGGAGAUGUUGGGACGAUUGGUGGCGAUCAAGUUCUGUGCGGGGAGCGAGACGGACGAGGUCGCGAUCCGGGACAGUGCGGUCAUGGGGUUUGCGUAUGUGAGUGAGGUGGAUGAGGGGAAGAAGAGGGUGCGGUUUUUGAGUCCGCAUCCGCAGCGUUGGGGGGAUAGGGCGAUGGUGUGGGGUGGGUGGCCGGAGGCGGUUGUGGAUUUGGUCGGGUAG